AUGAGUGAUUUAGAACAAUUGAAAGAAAUUGGACAAAAGAAGUUCCAAGACCAGGCCGUCUGGAUGUUGAAUGCGAUGUGGUUGAAAGAGAAAGAUGCCCGUGCUGAGGAACUUUGGAAAUUCGUUGGCUUGUUUUCCAGUUUGGAACAAGAAAAUGGGAAAGAGGGUUGUGGCUUGGACGAAGUUAAUAUGCACAGAGUUUUUGAAAAAUUGAAUGCUCAUCUGACCUUCCAAGAGAUGAGAAACCAUAUGAGAAAAGUCGGUGUGACUUCCUUUAAAAAGAUAUCUAUGAUCAACUUCCUUAUUUUCUAUUUUGGGUACGAUUGGAAGGAAGUCGUUAACGCCCCACAAGGUGGUAACACAGAGGAGCUUGCCAAAGCCAAACAGAUGUUAGAAGACGUCACCAUUGCUUUUGAAGAAGCCACUAAAAAGGCAGAAGAGUCUAAAAAAGCUGCGGAAGAAUCGAAACAGAAAAAUAGUGAAGCUAAAGAAGCACUUGAGAUCUCCACCAAAAAGGCAGAGGAAAGUGCCGCUAAAGCCGAGGAAGCAAGACAAAAAGUGGAAGAAGCCACUCAAAGAGAUAAUGAAGCUGCUGAGAAGGUCGAAAUCAGUAACCAAAGACUUGAAGAAUCAAAGCAGAAGGUAGAAGAAGCUACUGCUCGUGACAAUGAAGCUUCUGAGAAGGUUGAAAUAAGCAAUCAACGACUCGAAGAAGCGAAGCAACGACUUGAGGAAGCCACUGAAGCUGAUAACGAAGCUGCUCAAAAGCUUGAAGUGAGUAAACAAAAGCUUCAGGAGUCUGAAGAGAAGCUUCAGAUCAGUCAACAAAAAGUCGAAGAAGCCACACAGAAGCUUGAAGAGAGUGUCAAUACCGCGCAGAUCUCUGCCAACGCUGCAGAGGUUGCCAAAAAAGACGAGGACGACGCCAUUGAACGACAAAAAGAAGCUCAAGCUGCUGAAGAUGAAGUCACCAAAGCUUUGAACGAAGUCAAGUCACAAGAAGAAGCCAAAGAGAACAAGAAAGCUGCUUUAAAGAAGAAGAUUGAGACAUCUGGUUUAGUUGCGAAGAAUGCAGCUAUUCAAGAAUUGGCAAAAUUAGACAAUGAAGAUGAUUUGCCAUUAAGAAGAGCCAAAAUCACAUUAGAAGCCGCUCAGAAGAGAGCCGCCAAGCCAGUCAAAAUAGCAACAGAAGCACGUGAAAAGGCUUCUGCUACAGCUCAACAAGCUCUCGAAGCCAAAACUGCUGCUGAAGAAGCUAAGAACCAAGCAGAAGCCGCUCAAAAAGCUGCCGAAGAGGCUAACGCGCAAGCCGAAGAAGCCAAGAAUGCUGCUGAAACUGCAAAACAAGAAAGUGAGAAUGCUAAACAACAAGCAGAAGAAGCAAAACAGAAAUCAGAAGACGCAAAAGACGCGAGUGAAAAAGCUAAACAAGAAGCCGAUGAUGCUAAAGAGAGAGCAGCACAAGCAAAAGCUCAGGCAGAAGAAGCUAAAGAAAUUGCUCAGAAGGCGAAAGAAGACGCAGACGCCGCUAAACAAGUUGCUGCUGAAGCCAAAGAAGCGGCUGAAAAAGCAAAAGAAGAGGCCGAACAAGCUCUUCAAGCCUCAAAUGAAGCUAAAGCACAAAGUGAAAAAGCACAACAAGAAGCUGAAGAAGCCGAAAAACAAGCCGUCGAAGCACAAGAACAAGCGGAACAAUCCGUCCAAGACGCAAACCACAAAGUAGCAGAAGCUGAGGCGUAUCUUGAAGAACAAAAGAGGAAGGCUGAAGGUGCCGGACAAGGCGCUAUUUGGUUCAUGCAAAGAGAAGUCACUGAAAAGAAGAAGUUUAUGCCUGUCAGCAAAGGCGGUUUAGCUAAAAAGUGA